UGGAUUUUGGAGAAGAGGCUCUAAAAGAGUAAAACCUCUUCAAAGCCCUUCCCUUUCGAAAAUCAAAAUGCAGGUGAUAACCUAUAAACCAUACACACCCUCUAAUCCCCUUUCUGCAACUUUAAUGGUUUCCUUACAACCUGCCUGCCAAAUUAAGCUCUCACAUAAUAAUCAAGAGUUACGUUUCGGGUUAAGCUCACAAUCCAGAGAUGAGGUAUUAUCACAUGGAAGCAAAUUUUCUCAGCCCUUGCGAUUACGGAGGAAUUCCAGAUUUUGUUCCUGUGGAGAAACAAGAGCCAUUGGCCGAAGCACAGAGGAGAGCUUAUCAGCUUGGGAUGAUGAACCAUACGAGUUGUUACCCAGUGGAAAGAAAGCUUACAUUGACGAGCAGGACAUUCUGACAUUUCUUGAUCCUCCCAAAGAGUUAAUUCCACUGGACCCGGCGUCGUAUAAUCCGGCUGCGUAUAUUUGGAAAAAAAUUGGAGAUAUUCCAGAGGAAAGACGACACCAGUUGCUUUACUUGCUGAAGCCUAGACUUAUAUCAAGGCUCUGGGAAAUAUCUGGUACACGGUAUGAAGAUUCUAAUUUAGUGAAGAAAAGUGCUUCCAGCUUGCUAUCUACUGGAGAUAGGACAGUGUCAAGUGAGUUUUGGAACUGCCGUACAAGUGGAGGACCUAUACCUAUGACGUGGAUGAAUUUCUUCAAUAAGGCUAUAUUUUGCUCCAAGGAUGGGAUGGCUUAUGGACGGAUAAUUAUUGGUGGAUUAUUGGCUGGAGUUACAAAUUCCUUUAGUCCAUUAUACUUCACGGUGAGACAGCUCAAGGAAGUAAUGUCCACAGAAGAGCCUUGUGAUUUUGCAUAUGAAUUUGGAGAUGGGCUUUUGAAUCUCCAUGACUGCCCAGAAGGCUUUCCAAAACCAGUAAAACAUCCAUGGCCUUUCAAUGAUCAUGUGGUCAUUUAUGUUCGUCAUGUGGGACCAGGAGUGUUGGUAGGGCAAGCAUGGCAAGAAGGAAAAGUACUGGAACAAGUGCCUAAAAAACUGUGUGGUGAGAUUCUAAUGGCGAAAGAUUAUGCUGCUUAUGGAGAAAAUCAGUGAAAUGAAGCGCUCCAGCAUCCCUCAAGGGUGAACUUUCUUUCCCUUCUUUACAAGCAUUUACAGUUGCUGACUAAUGUUAUGAUUCGGCAAGCAGGUGCAAUCUGUCAUUGUCAACUAUGAUCUUGCUGUUCUGGUUCUGUAUAUAUUUAUACAAUUUUGGAUUUCCAUUGUGACUGACCAAGUUAAAAGACGAGUAGGAGUGUAGUUUGGUCC